AUGGCAGCUUUUGCAUCCCUCGGAGCUCUGCGGCUAGCAGGCUUUGCUACGGCAAACACAUACUCCAAUUUCAGCAUACCGAUCGAGAUUUCUUCGCGACAAGGGGUUUUCCCAAACCAAGGACGCAACUACUUUGCGAAGAUUCUUGAAGGAUAUGCGACCGUGCAGGGGCAGUACGAGAUCUCUGCGAAAUACUGCCAACCGGAUGAUGGGAAUGCCUCGACCAUUCAAAUAUUCUACUGGGAUCUUGCUUACAACAACUACAACUACAGCUAUGUGAAGGUUGCGAACGCGGCUGGGUACAGCACUCUGGCUAUCUACCGCUUGGUUAUCGGCAAUUCAUCGCACGGCGAACCGAUAAAUAAAAUUCAAGCUCAGCUUAAAGUUGAGGCUCUGAACGCGGUUACCACCCUGCUGCGGGCCGGAAAAAUCCCAGAAAUUAAGAAGCGCUACGGCAAGAUCAUUCACGUCGGCCAUUCAUUUGGGUCGAUCCAGUCUUACUGGUUGUCUGCGUUGUACCGGAACAACACCGAUGGUCUAACUGUCCCAGCUUGGAACUUGCACAGCGCACGGCUGAAUCAACCUCUUUUCUUUGCAGACGCACCAAACAGCAAGCUCAGGGCGGUGUUUUCCGGCUGGUUCAAGAACAGUAGCCUCAUACAGGCUCACCAGACGUUGCUCAAGGUAUCCCACUGCGAUCUAACUGCCAAUCAACUCGUUUUCCUCCGCUAUGGUGCAUACGACAUCGGCCUCGGCGUGAUCACCGAGCAGACCGAGCAGCCCGUAACCAUUGGCAAACUCCUCACGACCGGUGGGGCUCCCGCGGAGGACUCUUUCGGUGGUCCUGUCAUCAUUUUCACAGGAGAAUUCGAUGAAGCUUUCUGCGGAUUAGAUUGCUACGCCACUGGAGGCUCUAACACUGGGCACAGAAUCAACGUACACUACAACUCUACUGCUGGGAAUGAGUAUGUGCAGAGGUGGCUGGCCGCGAAUGGGCCGGGCGCUUAA